AUGAACGAGGCAUCGUGGCUUAGAACUUGGCUCUGGAAAGCGUGGCUGAGCUGUUUGCCGAAAAACCGCGCGGCUCGUUGGAUCGUUUGGUGGUCGGUUUGUCUUUUCAUUCCGACGAUACUCUUGACGCACCUCGUCGACGGAAUCACAGGCGGUAUGCCACUCGACAAUUUGCACGGCUUUGUGAUUCCGAAAUUCGACAAGGUCGAGAAGAUUUUCAGGAAAAACUUUCACGAUGGUUGGGAACGUGAGGGAGCGUCGAUUGCUGUCUAUCAUAAGGGAGAAUUGGUGGUUGACUUAUCUGGUGGUUGGAUGGAUCGAUCGGCUGGGAGGAAAUGGAAUCCCGACACAAGGACCGUCGUCUUCAGCACAACGAAGGCAGUUGGCGCUCUUUGCGUAGCGCUUCUCGUCGAUCGUGGCCAUCUCCGUUACGAGGAUCGUGUCGUCGAUUUUUGGCCUGAGUUUGGGCAAAAUGGAAAAGAGAAUAUUACGGUCGAUUGGAUUAUGAGUCACAAGGCUGGACUAGCAGCUUUUGAUGAGCCAAUCGACUUGGAGAUUGCUCAAGAUCACGAGAAAAUGGCUGGCAUCAUCGCUAGACAAGUGCCCAAUUGGGAGCCGGGGACAAAGCAUGGAUAUCACGCGAUCACUUACGGCUGGUUGGUGGAUCAAUUGGUGCGACGAGGCGAUCCGAAACACCGGGGAAUCGGGCAAUUCUUCCGGGAGGAGAUCUCCACGAAAUACGGAAUCGACUUUCAUUUGGGUUUGCCGGCAAGCGAAGAGCACACAGUUUCUCGUCUUUCCCUGCCCAGCACCGCCCAUUUGUUGAAAGAGAUUUUGCAUGAUCCGAGGGUGCUGAUCGUUUUGGCGAUUUUCCACCUGCGACCACCAGGCUCGAUUGCGAGAAAAGUGCGCGAGAAUCCGCAAUGGUUUAAGCUGGAGCAAGAAGUGAACACUUUCAACGCUCCCGAGUUGCACCAAAUCGAGCAAGCCGCCGCGUUGGGGAUCACGAAAGCGCGCGAUCUUGCGAAGCUUUUCUCCUUGUUUUUGAGCGGGCAAAUUGUUGGAAAGGACUUGUUGCAAAGAUUCGCCGAGCCAACAGUCGCUUCGGGGAUCGAUGAAGUGGUGAUGGUGCCAUUGCCGAAAGGACACGGAUUCCUUUACGAGAGACAUCCAGUUGAUGGGCGACGCUGGCUAGUCGGGCAUCCGGGUUACGGUGGAAGCACGGUGAUGAUGGAUCCCGAGGAGGAGAUUGUGAUCGCUUAUGUGAGCAAUGGAUUGAAAACGGGAAUGGGUGAGCUGACAAGGACGUAUCGAUUAUUGAGAAACGCCGUCUUCGAAUGCCUCGAGAGGGACAAGAAUUUG